GGAGGAGGAGGAGGAGAAGGAUGAGGAGGAGGAGGAGGAGGAGGAGGAGGAGGAGGAGGAGGUCAAAGAAAUGGAGGGGAAUCAGGAUGACGAGGUGACCCAUGAUGAUUAG